AUGACGGAGUUUCCGAAACACCAAGUGUGCCGGUCCGAUACGUUUUACAUCGGGCAGAAGAUCCCGGCACUGUCGGAGGACGACCAGCUCCAGCUCGGCCACAAGUACUUUCUCCUCCCCCAGCAGUUUUUCCAAUCCGUACUUUCGUUCGUCACCAUUGCUUCCUUCAGCAACACCAAAGACUCGUCGAGAAACGCAUUUCUUAGAAAGGCCGCGAGCUGCGAGCCGUUCGAUAUACAGAAAACACCUUCUGGAUGUUUGAGAAUACGCGUUUCGGAUGAGUUUAUAUCGCAGCUGCUGGAGGAAAAGAAGUUCAAUGAGGAGGAGGACACGGCGACGACGAAGGCCAAGAGCAGGGUCUGCACGACGGCUCAGCUGCAGAAAGACUACACGCAACUUGUUGGGUCGCGGCAGUGGAAGCCAAGGCUCGAACCCAUCAGAGAGGUUCGGGAGAAGAGAAGAAAGCUUUCUUCUUUUGGGAUGAGAAGAUCUUGCAAGAAGAAAUCUCAGGUGAAUUCAUCCAAGGCUUCUCAGAAGCAAAAGAGUAGUUCUGCUAAUGGUUCUUCCAAAGCCAAGAUCAAGAUUAAAUCAUCAAGAAAAUGA